GUUGAAGUGAAGCGCGCCAAAACUGCAGACUCAGUAACCGUUAAAAACAGACACGGACUGUGUUGAUUUGCGUUUGUUCAGUUCUGCUCUGAUUCCCGAGUGUUUGUUCGUGAAUCUAUACAUCAAUCAAUAACCAAUUGAUUCCAGAGCGCCCAAAACAGUUUAGCGUAGACACCGACAGGUUAUAAUAUAAUCAAACACUAGUUUAUAGUGGAACAUGAUGUUUAUACUGCAAUACAGUAGUGAAAUCUGUGCCUUAUCAAGUUAAACCAGAUUUUGUUCUGAUCUCAUUUUGACUUUUAUUUUGUUUAGCCCUGAAGUAAAGCCUCUGAAGAGAUUUAUGUUGUGUUGUAUUGUGUUUGUGUGUCAUGAGGAUUAAACAGAACAUUCAGUUCAUUAUAAUCGUCCUCGUUUCCAUAAACCUAAAGCACCUUCUCCGUCCGUCUCUUUCUCUGCCUCUUCUGUUUCUCUGUGUUUUAUUAAAGGGCUUGAUUGUGUGUGUUUUUAAUAUAAUAUCUGGUAUUCAUCUCUCCUCUGCAGGCGUUUAGCAGCUUUAUUGUCAUAUUUAUUGACGUAUCUGACUCAUCUGUUUAGUUGUUUGCCAUCUAAAAGAAAUCUCAUCAGAUUUUAUAACUCCUAUCCAUUAAAAUGUGUUUGGAUAAACAGUCAGAUCGUUUAUUGGUUAUUAGAGACAUGACUUGAUUAGAUUAUGCACAUCAAUGGUAUUUAUAGCUGUUAGAUAUCAGAUUUUGACUGAUUAAAACAAUCACAUUUUAUCAUUCCAAAACAAAGUCUGGCGUAUUUGGAAAUGGAUCUAUGUGAAGUAUGAUUGAAUCAAGUCAGUUCGAAUUGAUUUUUACUUAGUUAAACUAUUCAAAAACUAUUCAGACAGUAGAUAUAAUUUUUUAUGUUAUUACUAGUGGAUGCAGGACACUAUAGUUCAUUACUGUAACUGAGGAGAGCAACAUAAAGUGAACGGUGACAUAUUAUACCCAAUAAUUCUUCAUACAGUGGACUAACAGGAACAAUUGGGACCAAAAAUGAUGUAGAGCAUAUUCUGCUGAAGUGUUUUUAAUUAAUUGCUAAUGUGAUCUUUUUACAUCACAGACUGAACAAAAUGAAGCAUUGGUUGGUCAUUAGUUCAGCUAAAUUGGUUUUAUCUAAUUGCGUUCUUAAAUGUUAAAUUCAGAUCAAGAUGAAUGUGUUCUGACACAGUUUAACUCUGAGCUCUUCUCAUGUUUUAUUACCAUUUUCUAAUCUACAGCGACUAAACUGUGGUGUAGUGAGAGAACUGUUGAAGGUGUGUGUGUCUGUGAUGUUUGCACAUGUCUAAGAUGUCAUGUGUUCUGUUAUACUGACUGUGUGUGUGUGUGUGUGUGUGUGUGUGUUGAGGAUGUGUGGUAUGUCAGUGCUGUUAGAUGACGGUGGAGGGGAUGAAGACUUUGACUCAGGUGAUGGGAUCCGGAUGCUGGCUCCUCCCCCUGCUCAGUGUGAGGGCGGGGUCUGGGGGUCGCGGCGGGGUCACUGCGGGUGUGUGCUGUGGACACUGCUGCUGCUGCUGUGGGACGUCCUGCUGCUGCUGGGGUGUGUGCUGCUGAUGCUCCUGAUCUUCAGCCUCAUCCUGCUGCCCACCGCCCUGCUGCUGUACACCGGCUUCCUGUGCCAUACACGGGUCGUGGCCUCUCGGGCUGCUCUUUGUCUCUAUCUUGAUGACAACAGUUGCUCUGGCCUCAUCAUCCUGGGCUUUGUCAUGAUGUCUCCGCUGGUGGUGGUUGCUGCGGCGACGUUCUGUGCUCUUCUCAGGCGGCUCCACCUGCUCUUAUAUUUUCAGCCAAUCAGAGAAGCUCGGUACCAAGGGCGGGGCUUGGGCUGGAGGCGGGACAUCCACACCUGGGUUUGACUGACAGACACGCCCACCAUUCAACAGUAACAUCACGACACAUCGACGGCGUCACUGUAACUCUACAGAAACACAAUCAUGUAACUCGUGUAACACAACGUUUGUAAUAUAUCCCUGAAUGACCAAAAUCUAACUCAGGAAAAGUUUAUUUUUUCAUGACUGGGAAAUUGAUGCAAAGUUCAAGAAUAAGUGUUACUGUAUAUUUCAAUUGUAAAUGUGUUGCCACAUUGCAUUUUUAUGACUACCUUCUUUCCGCGCAUGCUAGUUGCGUUAUGUCUGUUCACGUGUGAUAUAUGACGAUGCCUGUAUGAAACAUCACGCAAAUGUACAGCGUCGCUACAGAGAAAAAUAUCUCCACGGUGUUACUGACUUCCGGUGAUGUAACACAGUUUAAGUGUUUCCAGACUGACGUGUGCAAGUAAGUGUACUAGUCUAGAGAUGAGUUAACUGGCUUAUGUGGAUGUUGGUCAGAUGUGCAGACUUGGGAAU